AUGGCUAUCGAUACUUCUGGCAAGACCGCUGUCAACAUUGCCUACAUUAAUGGCAAUGUUUUGACUUCGAGCUCUGGACCGCCAGCCCAAGCUAUUCUCAUCCGCGAUGGCCGUAUUGCCGCUGUCGGGUCUAAUGAAGAGGUCUUAACCGCUGGUGGUCGCGACGUUGAGGUGCAAGACGUCAGCGGCAAGACGAUUUCGCCCGGCCUAAUCGACACCCACCCUCAUCUUCUGCAUUAUGCCGUUGCAAGAGCUCCUCUUGUGAACAUACUUGAUGCCAAGAGCCACGACGACAUUGUGAAGGCAAUCAGCGAAAAGGCUUCCUCCGUACCUAAGGGUGGAUGGAUUGCGACAACUCCUAUUGGUGACGCCCAAUACUUUGCCCGAAGAUCUUACCGCGACUUAGAGGGCGGCAUGCCAAACCGCUAUGUCCUCGAUAGAGCUAGUAUAAAUCACCCAAUCAUUAUUCAGGCGUGGCCACCAAGUUGCCCAAACAUCACGGCUUUCAACUCAUUGGCCCUUCAGGUCCUAGGGAUUAACUCCUCAACAGCCGACCGCGUGGAUGAUGUUUGGAUUGAGAAAGAUAGCCAGGGUGAGCCUACUGGUAUCCUGAAGGGUAGCGUCAAUGCGUACUACAAUGAGGAUCCGUUCUUUGCGAAACUGCGCGAUACGAAGAUCGCCCCGUACAUGUUACCCGGUCUAAUCCCUCAGGCGGUUCUCAGUUCGCUUGCCGACUAUCACAAGAGGGGAAUUACAUCAAUCUUUGAGGCCCAUGCAAUGGAGUCAUCACAUAUUGAAGUAUAUAAGCGACUUCAGGCUGAAGGAAAGUUGAACACUCGAGUCCUUGCAUCCAUAGAGCUUGAAUCAAAUGCGCUUCCCGGCUCCCGGCUCAAAUCAAUGAGCGAGAUCGCGUCGACCUUGGAGCAAGCGCUAGCUGCAAGGCAAUCCGAUGACGACUGGCUUCGCGUUGAGGGGAUUACAACCUGCGUUUGGGGUAUUCCAACGCAUGACGGCUUGUGUUGGAAAGAUGGUUAUCAGGCCACAUUCGGUGGGUUGACGACCGGUAAACGUAACAUCACUAAGGAAAAGCUGAAGGCUACCUUCGAGUUUUGCGCGAAGACCGGGUUGAGGCUCAAUCUACUCUCCACGUCUCCUGAUGAGCUCGAUGAAUAUAUUGAGACGGCGGAAGCAGUGAUGAAGAAAUACAACAUCAAAAAGUCAGACUGGUUGAUUGAGCAUGCUAUGAUCAUCCGUGAAGGCCAAGCCAAGAAGCUCAAGGAACUAGGCUUCAGUGUCACCAUUAGCAUGGGCUUCACCUAUGGCUUAGGAGAUGUACUGGAUGAGCGCGUCGGUCGAAACUCGUUGGAAGGCUUGAAUGCAAUUCGGGAGCUUUUGGAUGCUGGCCUCAUUGUUGGAGCCAGUUUAGAUUGGGGUCCGAUGGAUCCAUGGGAAUGCAUGCGGCUGUCUGUCACUCACCAGAUGUUCCCAAGCGGCCGGUUCAACGAUGGACCUAGACAGGUAAUUAGCCAGGCGGAGGCGUUUGAAUUGUUCACUACACAUGGUGCCGCUGUCAUGCAAUGGGAAGGCAUUGGUACUCUCAUGCCUGGCUCUCACGCCGACCUGAUUAUUAUUGACCGCAAUCCGCUCACCUGCGACCUAGAAUCGUUGUCUGGUACUAAAGUCCUUCGUACAACGGUUGCUGGUCGCAUCGUUUAUGAUAAUGGAGAGAUUGGGGCAAAGGCUUGA